AUGGACUAUUCGUACGACGAGGACCUGGACGAGCUGUGCCCCGUCUGUGGGGACAAGGUGUCCGGCUACCACUACGGGCUGCUCACAUGCGAGAGCUGCAAGGGCUUCUUCAAGCGCACGGUGCAGAACAACAAGCACUACACGUGCACCGAGAGCCAGAGCUGCAAGAUAGACAAGACGCAGCGCAAGCGCUGUCCCUUCUGCCGCUUCCAGAAGUGCCUGACGGUGGGGAUGCGCCUGGAAGCCGUGCGCGCUGACCGCAUGCGGGGCGGCCGGAACAAGUUUGGGCCCAUGUACAAGCGGGACCGGGCCCUGAAGCAGCAGAAGAAGGCACAGAUUCGAGCCAAUGGCUUCAAGCUGGAGACAGGCCCCCCAAUGGGGGUGCCCCCCCCACCCCCUCCCCCACCGGACUACAUGCUGCCCCCUGGCCUGCAUGCACCUGAGCCCAAGGGCCUGGCCUCUGGUCCACCUGCUGGGCCACUGGGCGACUUUGGGGCCCCAGCGUUGCCUAUGGCUGUGCCCAGCGCCCAUGGGCCACUGGCUGGCUACCUCUAUCCUGCCUUCCCUGGCCGCGCCAUCAAGUCCGAGUACCCAGAGCCCUAUGCCAGCCCCCCACAGCCCGGGCCACCCUAUGGCUACCCAGAGCCCUUCUCCGGAGGGCCUGGUGUGCCCGAGCUCAUCCUGCAGCUGCUGCAGCUGGAACCAGAUGAGGACCAGGUACGGGCGCGCAUCGUGGGCUGCCUGCAGGAACCGGCCAAAGGCCGCCCCGACCAGCCUGCACCCUUCAGCCUCCUGUGCAGGAUGGCUGACCAGACCUUCAUCUCCAUCGUGGACUGGGCACGCAGGUGCAUGGUCUUCAAGGAGCUGGAGGUGGCCGACCAGAUGACGCUGCUGCAGAACUGCUGGAGCGAGCUGCUGGUGUUUGACCACAUCUACCGUCAGAUCCAACAUGGCAAGGAGGGUAGCAUCCUGCUGGUCACCGGGCAGGAGGUGGAGCUGACCACGGUGGCUGCCCAGGCAGGCUCCCUGCUGCACAGCCUGGUACUUCGGGCCCAGGAGCUGGUGCUACAGCUGCACGCGCUGCAGCUGGACCGCCAAGAGUUCGUCUGCCUCAAGUUCCUCAUCCUCUUCAGCCUCGAUGUGAAGUUCCUGAAUAACCACAGCCUGGUGAAGGAUGCGCAGGAGAAGGCCAACGCCGCCCUGCUCGAUUAUACCCUGUGCCACUACCCGCACUGCGGGGACAAGUUCCAGCAGCUGCUGCUGUGCCUGGUGGAGGUGCGGGCGCUCAGCAUGCAGGCCAAGGAAUACCUGUACCACAAGCACCUGGGCAACGAGAUGCCGCGAAACAACCUGCUCAUCGAGAUGCUGCAGGCCAAGCAGACUUGAGCUUGGGCCCGUGUGGGGGCGGGGGAGCCAGGCCGGGGCCAGGGCCGGGGGCCGCAGCAUCCCCGCGGCCUCCAGAUGGUUUAUUUUGUUAUGCUGGCCCAGGAUCCCACCACGUAGGCCCCACCCCUGAGCUCUCGGAAGCCCUGUGUUCGGGAAGGUGGCUGAAGGCGGGCAGGGCCUGGCUGAGGUGGGGUGGUCCCCACUAACCACUGGCACUUGCCUGCCACUCUGAAUGCCCCCAAGGAGGUGGCUGCUAACCACUCCCUCCCUCCCCCUGCUCCCAGCUGUCCGUCCUGGAGUCUGGCGCACAGGCCCAGGGAGGAGGUUUGGAUUCCCUGGUGGGCCUCCGUGUCCGUUGAGUCGGAGGUCAUCUUUUUCCCCCCUCUCGUGGAAACAGAGCCAGAGACAGGCUGAGCGGACAUCAACCAGGGGAGAGGAGAGGGUCUCCAGCACUCCCUCACAGAGACCAGGACAGAAGCCCUUGGUUUUGUAAACUAGGGAUAACAGAGUUUGCAAAAUUAGGCAAGGGACUGCUGGGCCCUAGAGGACACUGGGAGACUGCUUAGGACAAAAAGACCUCCUCCCUAAACCUUCUAUCCCAUCUGACAUCUGCAGGGGAGAUCUUUGACAUGUUAUGUGAAAAGAAUUUUGCUACAAUCAUCUUUCUCACCCUCUCCCCCCAGCGGAGCAGUUCGGCACAUCAACGUUCUCGCCCCGCCCACGGUUGGCCCUCCAGGCUGGUAUUUAUCUGCAAGGCUGUAGUCGCGAAGCCUUUUGUUUGUUUGUUUUUGUUUUAUUUGUUUUUGAAUUUAUAUACUCCUUGAAAGGUGUGUGUGCGGAAGGACAGGGGACAGAUUUGAGGACCAAGGCUGGGAUUUGGGCAUUAGCACCAAGUACAGCCCAUGGUCUCCCCCCAACACCCUCAUACCAAGUGCCCCAUGGGUGGUGCUGGAUCAUUAUUUCUGAGCCCCCACUCCAAUCCAGAGAAGAACUUGCCCCCCGACCCCACUAGAUGACCAGCAGCAUGGCCGGUGGGGGGGCUCAGAGUCUCUGCGGGUGGGAAUCCGGGUGAUCUUGGGGAGGGUGUGGGGGUCUUCAGAUCAGGGACACUGCUGAUGAGCCGUCUUUCACGGGCCCCUCCCAUUGGGUUCCUUGCUGCACACCCUGGAAGCUGGGCCUCAACUCCCUGGCCUCAACUCCUGUCCUUUGUCCUGAAAGACGCUCUCCAGGGCCGGGCACACGGGAGAGGCCUCGGCUGUCUUCUGUCUCCAGGCUGAGCAUCCACUGUCUGUCCUGCUUUCACGGUGCCGUUGCAGCUUGCGCUGAGCUUGCCCAGUUGGAGAUGACUGGGCAUCCCUGCCCCCGCCUUCCAUCACCCUGUCUCGGUCCCCACC